ACCACGCUCUCCGCUGCCCUCGCUCCUAGGCCCAUGUGAACGUCGAGCCGCGUGUAUACCCUUUUUAAUAUAUUUUCUUAAUUUUUGUUUCUAUGUGUUACCGAUGGGAAGAGCACUUGCAGUAGGUAGAUGAAUAAUGACCUUCUCAAAGCCGCUGGCGUUUGGAGCCUGGAAGGCGAAAUUGAAUUGUACGAACGUGUGAAGAGAAAUUGGAAGGCCUUUCCGCUGUUCCUCUGAUGUGAGACGUGACACUUUCUCGUGGCCGUCGAUACAUGUUUCUUUAGUUUUCAGAAGAGCACUGGUUCCUGGCCAGCCCCAGUUUCACCUGACUCACAUAAUACAAGAACAGCUGACUCGACAGGGACCUGCAAGAUGAGGGGCGUAGUAGGCGCGAUGCUGGUGUGGGCGGUGGCAGCGUGGGCGCCGGGCGGAAUGACGCAGAGGGCCCCUUGCUAUGAGUGCGAGAUGUACAAGGACGCCCACCCCAACUCUAACCCUUAUAAUGCGAUCCGGUCUCACUGUGUGUAUCCCUGUGAAUGUGGCACAGUGCCGGAUUGUCCUCCCGGCGUGCCAGUCAUCAUGGACGGAUGCGAAUGCUGUUGGCAGUGCGCGCGACAGCAAGGGGAGUCUUGUAACGGUGCCACCCUCUGCGAUGCCUCCAAGGCACUCUCCUGCGUCUACAACAGCACUGCCGACCCGACUGGCACAUGCCAAGAGCCUCGACCUUCGAAGUGUAUUGUCAACAACCAGACGUACGAGGACGGGGAAACAUUCAAACCUGACUGCCGUACGCAAUGUACUUGCCUGAAUGGCACUUACGCCUGUGUGUCCCUAUGCCCGGGCGAGAGUCUUCCUCCCAGCGAACAGUGCCACCAUCCCCACCUUGUCACAGUGCCAGGGCAGUGCUGCAGAGAAUGGAUGUGCGAUACGGCUCCAGAGAAAGCCGUAGGGCCCCCCGAAUGCGAGCGCCUCUCCGGCCGAUGGUCCCCCUGCUCGGUCCAGACUUGCGGUUCGGGAGUGUCGGUUCGCUGGUCCAACGACAAUGCCAGCUGUCAGAGCAUCAACCAGACCCGCCUCUGCCAGAUCAGGCCCUGUACAGACCCGAGGCUUCUACACACGAGCGAAGAGAUACACCAAGAUAAGGCCAGCAGGCGGAAGGCACGGAAGCAUCAUAUUAGGCGCGGCCACACGUGCAAGGCGACGCAGAGACACGUGCAGUCGGUCCGCCUGCGUGCCGGCUGGUGCAUCAGCGAGCGCCGCUACAGACCCAAGUUCUGCGGCGACUGCGCGGGGCGGUGCUGCGGCGUGCACACGUCCACCACCCUCACCGUGGCUUUCCUGUGCCCUCUGCACGCCAACACGGACCUCCUGGCCGUCUCCCGCGCGCGCCACCGGGACGCCCCCGGAUCCUUCCUGGCUCGGCUCGGGGCGCGGUCCCUCUCCGGCGGCGACGCGACCUCCCGCGUGCCCAGUGUCUACGACAUGAUGGACGAGGGGCAGCCCGGGGGAGAGGACGCCGUGCUCAAGAGCCCCGCCGCAUCUGACGAAGACGCCGUGCUGAGCUACGACUACUACGACGGCGGCAGGGACGACGCGUCUCCCUCCCGUAGGAAGAAGUCCUUCGACCGGGACAACCUGACGGUGGAGGGCGACGAGGAAUACAAGCAGAUCAAAGCCGACAACUACGAGGUGGUGCAUCACCAGGUGGAGUGGAUCGUCAGGUGCAAGUGUAGCCACACCUGUGACAUCCCAGACACCAGGUACAAGACCCAAGGAGCGGCGCCCGAGGGGUCACAACAGCCCCUGGUCGUCCCUCUCACGUAACGCUCGUGGUGCACCAAGCGCAGCUCCGCUGGCCUAAGUACAUGUGGGUGUUUGCGAACUAUCGCUGUACAAAGCUGUUCCAGAACUAAAUAACAGAACAAUGAUGAGAAGUGUUCUCUUUUUUUUCUCAAGUUCAACAACUGAAAUAUUGUCCUGGAUAAAUAGUAAUAUAGAUAUAAAUAAUAAUAAUGAUAAUGAUAACAAGAAAUACAUACGAUAUUUUACCUCAGUGACUUAAUUAAUUCCGGAAAACGAGUUUGGUAUUUUUGCUUCACCACUAAUAAAUCUCUUGGUAAUGUAGGUCAGACUAAAUAGAGCGGUUUAGACACAAGCAAGAGGGAGAAUGCACUUCUUUUAUCACUUUACAUUAUUCCCAGCAAAGACAUAUUAGAGAAAAAAAAAUGUAUAUGAACUUUAUUAAAAAAAAAAAAAAAAUGGCUAUACUGAAUGCUUAAUAAGAACCAGAACCAGAUCUACUAAAUCAGACCCGCUAGAAAUUAACAGAAACAAACAAAAAUAAAGAAUACAAUCAUUAUUUUAAUCAAUAUCCGUGGAAUGUAAGUGCACUUACACUUUAUGAAAAAAAGCAUAAUCAUAUGUUAUAUCCACUUAUCUAAGCACCUUUGCUGUAUAUUUUAGUAUUAGGCUUAAUUAGGGACUAGAACUGUGAACUAUGAAUGUUUGGUGCGACUUGUGGAACUUCUACGUGAGAAUUAGGUUCCCUUUGUGUAUGCAUAUGUAUUGUCGGUGUACUUUGUGGAUAUACGACAUGUCUAACACUCUCAUGACCCCUUCGGAUAGACAUGGAUAGAUAUCGUCACUUCAGAAAGUUUUGGUUUUCUGUUUUUUUUCUGAUUUUCUUUCUUUCAUAUGGACGUCUCUCAGUAUCUUUAUACUGAAUAUCAGUGUGAAGUCAAAACUUUUUUUUUUCUAUUUGUUGUCGUGGUGAUGAACUAUACUCAACAGCAUAUCCAUUUAUAUAUUAUAAUGAGUACUUCGCUGCUUCAUAAUAAUCGUUCACUUGUUAGUCCAUAGUCUUAUUUAUCUUAUUUAUACUCGUUUUUCUUUUACAUUCUUUAUCAUUUCCAUUUUGACACUAAAGUCAUCUUCGGUUACCUCCUCAUUCCCUUGAGAACACCAAAAGAAAAAACAGCCAAAGGUGAGACUGUGUAAGGAUAUAAACUAGCAAUCAGGUUUGGUACUUUUAUUGCAAUUCUGC